UCUAUCCCCUCUCUCUCUUCUUCUCUCUCUCCUCUACUCUCUCUCUCUUUCUCUAAGAAUUCAGCGUCAAUGGAGAAUCCCGAAAGCUCAAUCUCAAUGGCGGAGGAGAACUCGGAGGAGACCGCCACAACAAGCCACCACCUGGCGGUUCCGGCGGGGCUGACUCAGGACGAGUUCGUCGAGCUGACCCGGUUCGUGACCGAGUUCCACACCUACCUAGUCGAGCGCCGCCGCCAAUGCUCCUCCCUACUCGCGCGGAGAAUCCACGCGCCGCCGGAGAUUGUGUGGUCGGUCGUCCGCGGAUUCGAUAAGCCGCAGACCUACAAGCACUUCAUCAAGAGCUGCGUCGUGAAGGGCGACUUCCAGAUGGCGGUGGGAGCCACCAGGGACGUCAACGUCAUCUCCGGCCUCCCGGCGGAGACGAGCACCGAGAGGCUCGACAUCCUCGACGACGAGCGACGCGUGACGGGAUUCAGCAUCAUCGGAGGCGAGCACAGGCUGAGGAAUUACCGGUCGGUGACGACGGUGCACGGAUUCGAGCGCGACGGCAGGAUCUGGACCGUCGUUUUGGAAUCGUACGUCGUCGAUGUGCCGGAGGGGAACACGGAGGAGGACACGCGUCUCUUUGCCGACACCGUCGUGAGGUUGAAUCUCCAGAAGCUCGCCUCCGUCACCGAAGGGAUGGCGCGUGGUGAGUAAUCGACAACGACGACGGAGACGACAACGGUAAGAGAAAUUUUGAAGAAGAAGAAGAAGAAAGCAGGUGAAAAAAAAAAAACAAGAAAAGAAAAG